AUGGAGACCAAAACAAUUCAUUUCUUUCUUCCAUUGCUUGCUACAUUUUGUUUAGUUCCUGUUAUAUCAUCAACCACCACCUUUGAAGAUAACAAGAACUACUACAUUACUCCAACUCCAGAUCCAAGUAUAGGAACUCCUCCCUCAUCAGGGUCAUUAUCACCACAAACUCCAUCAUCUCCAUCUCAUGGAUCUGGGCAUGGAUCAUCACCCUCUCAUGGAAGCCCAUCACAUGGAGGAAGCAGCAGUAACUGUGGCUCACCACCACCAUCACACUCAGGAGGUGGUGGUUACUACAACUCGCCGCCGUCGACACCAACACCAGCCACCCCAAUUGACCCUGGCACCCCCAGCAUCCCCUCACCACCUUUCCUUCCUACACCAUCUCCCUUCUCUGGUGGUACCUGCAACUUCUGGAGCAAUCAUCCAGGACUAAUUUUCGGAGUUCUUGGAUGGUGGGGAACCCUAGGAAAUGCAUUUGGUGUGACAAGUAUUCCAGGGAUGAGUUCUGGAAUCACAUUGCCACAAGCACUCUCCAACACAAGAAAAGAUGGAAUUGGAGCACUCCUUAGGGAAGGUACUGCUUCAUACCUCAACUCUCUUGUCAACCACAAGUUUCCAUACACAACCUCCCAAGUCAGAGACCAAUUUGCCGCCUCAAUCACCUCCAACAAGGCGGCCGCCGCCCAGGCGCAGCUCUUCAAGAUGGCCAACGAAGGCCGAACGAAGCCUAAUUUCUAA